UCACUCCCUCCACACUCCCUCCUUCCUUCCCUCCACAUUCACUCCCUCCUUCCCUCCCUCCACACUCCCUCCCUCUCCCCUCCACACUCCCUCCCUCCCUCCUUCCUUCACUCCCUCCCUCCUUCCAUAAGCCCCUGACACACGGUGUCCUUUUCCCUCCCUCCCCCACCACCACCAAUCUUUUUAUUUUUAUUUUUUUUCUUUCUCCCCCCCUCCUCUUCCUUAUACAAUAUUCAUACAUCUAGAGUAAAACACACAGACACACACAUACACACACACACACACACACAAAAAAGCCGCCUCUCCUCCUCCUCCACUUUCACCUCCUCCCUCUCGGGGGUUUUGUCCUCUCGUUUUGUGGACUUUUUCCCUAAAAAAAUACCAGUUGGUUGGGGCCUCUCUAUAAGAUCAACAUGAAUGCAGAAGGGUAUGACAGCCUCAUGGCCGCCAAACUGAUGGCCAGCAACGUGACGAACAAGAACGACCCGCGGUCGCUGAACUCCCGGGUCUUCAUCGGCAACCUCAACACAGCCGUGGUCAAGAAGACGGACGUGGAGGGCCUCUUUGCCAAGUAUGGCAAGAUCGUGGGCUGCUCGGUGCACAAGGGCUACGCCUUCGUCCAGUACGCCAACGAGAGGACCGCCCGGACAGCUGUGGCGGCGGAGGAUGGCAGGAUCAUCGCCGGGCAGCCGCUGGACAUCAACCUCGCCGGGGAGCCCAAACCCAACAGGCCAAAGAGCGGCCAGAAGAGAUCGGCUUCCGACAUGUACGGGUCCACAUCCGACCUCGACUAUGACUAUUACAGGAGCGAUUUCUAUGACAGUGCUCCCCCAAGCAGACAGUCGGAGGGAUAUGAGAUUCCGUCGCUAACCAGGAUGUACCCUUACCCAAGCAGGGUGCCGCCCCCUCUGCCCCGGCCUGUGACCAUCGCCAAGCGCCCCCGUGUCACAGUGCCCGUGCCACGGAGAGGCAAAGGGAGCUUCAACACCAAGUCUGGGCAGAAGUCAGCGGCAUCGGGGAAACCAGUGAAAGCCAAUGACCUGGCCACCAUAAAGAAGGAGUUGACCUUGAUCAAGAGCAAAGUGGACUCCCUCCUGGACAGUCUGGAGAAAAUUGAGAAGGAGCAAUCAAACCAGACAGAGAUGAAGAGUGAGAAGACGGACGAGGGGAGCAGCAGCAAAGCGGGGAGCGACUCCAAGAAGGCCGAGAGCGAGGGGACCGGCGAGGAAGGCGACCCCCUGGAAGACGAAGAGGAGGAGCAGCUGCGUGACAGCAAAGGACGUAAGGACGAAGAGGAGGGCGAGGACGAUGGUGGGGACGACGCCAACGGCCAGGACAACCAUUAGAGGAGCCGGGGCCGGCUGACGCCACUUAACAACCUCCCCCCCCCCCCCCCUUUCCGUUC